CUUUGUUUGCAGGCAAAGAUGUGAAACAUUAUAACCUGUUUAUUCGUCUGGUGUAGUGCAAAGAUAAUUUGACGUUUAGGGUAGAAGUCAGUUUUCAUUAUAGCGUGAGGCGUGUGGGGAGUGAAGGAUGAUAAGGUAUUAGUAAUAGGAAGGUAAGAUUAAAGCCAAGAUGGCUGAGUUUGUGAGGGGUGGACCGGCGACGGGGAUAAUUCUGCCGAAAGAAAAGCUUCAGGGCUCCCCUAGCACAGGGAGUGAUGAAGGACACGACGGUGCUAUUGGGGAGGAGUUCGAUCCUUUUUUGGGAGACGCCGAAGAAGCUGAAGGUGCUAAUGUGUCAACGGUAGUAGCACCUCCUGAAAAUUUAUGGUACCAUGGGCGGCUUGAUCGGUAUACAGCUGAAGAACGUCUAUGGCAAGCAGCAAAAAUGGGAAGUUACCUUGUUCGUGAAAGUGACAGAAAACCAGGGUCGUAUGUGUUAUCGUAUCUUGGUAGAACAGGAAUCAAUCACUUUAGGAUAACUGCUGUCUGUGGUGAUUUCUACAUUGGUGGUAGGCAGUUCGAUUCACUGUCUGAUCUCAUAGGUUACUACACAAGCUGCUCAGACCUUUUGAAACGCGAAAGGUUAAUGCAUCCUGUUCCUCCACCUGAACCAGUAAACGAUAAGAAAAGAAUUGUUGCCAUUUUACCAUACACCAAAAUGCCCGACACUGAUGAGCUAAGUUUUCAGAAAGGUGAUAUAUUUUUUGUCCAUAAUGACAUGGGAGAUGGAUGGCUGUGGGUAACGGCACAUCGGACUGGCGAACAGGGAAUGAUUUUCCGAGAUUUGGUUGAAGACUUGGAUGAAAAUAUUGAUCCAAAUACUGUUUUUAGUUGGUUUCAUCCGAAUGUUACCAAAAGUGAAGCUGUUGAUAUGCUUGUUAAAGCUGGACCGGGAAGCUUCCUUGUUAGACCAAGUGACAACUCACCUGGAGACUAUUCUCUGUUCUUUCACAUCAAUAAUCAGAUUCAAAGAUUUCGUAUUGAGAAGAAGGGUGUUCGAUAUUUGAUGGGUGGCCGUACAUUUGAAUGUUUGGAUGCUGUCAUAAACAGAUAUAGAAAGGAACAGAUUGUGGAAGGCCACACAUUAGUUAUGGCUGUGAGUAGGAAUAUGGAUGGAGAUGGAACAAUAAAAUCAAAAGAAGUACAGCAUGCUGAGAAGAUUUAUGCCACACUUCGUGAAUGCAGGGAACAAUCAGGGGUGAAGAAAAAUAAAGGCAUUAAAAUGCAGGGUUACCUCAACAAGAAGAGUGAGAAAAACAAGAAAUGGAAGUCAAUGUAUUUUGUGUUAUUGGUUGAUGGAACUGAUACUCAUUUAUAUUUUUAUGAUAAUCCAAAGCGUACAAAACCAAAGGGUCUUAUUGAUCUCAGCUGUGCCUACCUGUAUCAGGUCCAUGAUAGUGUUUUUGAUCGACCACAUUGCUUCCAGCUUGUUGAACGUGCACUGCCAUGUUUGGCUACAAUCACCUAUUUGUGUUCUAAUUCUGCUGACACCACACAGGACUGGAUAACAGCACUGAAGCCUCUCUGUGUAACACAGCAAACAAGAUCACCCAAGGUGCAAAGGUUGAGAGAGUUAAGGUGCCUGCAGCUGCAUAUUCUUGAUGCUCAUAGGUUGCCAUACAAGUUAGUGCCAAACCCUUUUUGUAUUAUAUCUCUUAAUCAAGUGAAAGUGGCCCGUACAAAAGUAAAAACAGGGCCAGAUCCAGUCUGGGAUGAGGAGUUUAUUCUGGAUGAUGUCCCACCAGAUGUUUUAACAUUCACUGUAACUGUGUACAACAAAGGAAAGCGUUCAAAGGAUACCGAAGUUGCUGAGUUGACAGUGGAGCUCAGUAGUUUGACCAAUGGGGAUGAGACGGAGGACUGGUACCAGCUGUCGGGCAUCACACCAAUCGGCGAAUGGGGCUCACUACGUCUGCGCACAAGAUAUCUGCAUGACCUUAUAAUGCCACAAGAAGAGUACUCUCCACUGCAGCAGUUGGUACUGGAUCCAUCUCUGGAAGUGGUUCGAGCUUUGGCAGACACAUGCCACUUGGACAGAGCCCCACUAGCUACUUCUUUGCUGCGUAUUUUUAGGUAUGAGAGGAAGGAAGCUGACCUGUUGAAAGCACUAAAUGAAGCUGAGAUCGAGAAAGAAGAAGAAACAUCUACGCUUUUCCGAGCAGCAUCUCUCACAACUACCCUCAUGGACUUAUAUAUGAAAUCUGUCUGCACUGGUUUUCUACAAUCAGCUAUUCAGGAUACUAUUUUAAAACUGCUUGAAUCGAAACAGUCAUGUGAGUUGAAUCCAACAAAGAUGGAAUCGCCCGAUGAUGCUUGUGCCAAUGCUGAGUUUCUGCUUCAAGUUCUUGAUGAAGUUACUCAUUCCAUCUUUAUGUCUGCCGAUGCUUGCCCAAAGACUGUAAGAUACAUCUGUGGCUGUUUGCAGAGGUCUGUAAUGAGCAAGUGGCCUCAUGAGAGACUUGUACGCACACGUGUUGUAAGUGGAUUCAUAUUCCUGAGGUUACUCUGCCCAGCAAUUCUGAAUCCUCGACAGUUUAAUCUGAUAUCAGAGCCUCCACCACCUAUGGCUGCAAGAUCUCUUAUAAUGGUUGCUAAGUGCCUUCAAAAUCUUGCUAAUCUCAUUGAAUUUGGAGGGAAGGAACCCUACAUGGAAGUUGUCAACCCCUUUAUCCUCAAAAACAAAGAGCGCAUGGUUGUUUUCCUGGAUCAGCUGUCUAAUUUGCCAGAAAAGCCUGAACCUGAGGAGGCAAGGAUUAAAGGUGAUCCAGCUCGAGAUUUAGGCACACUUCACCACAUAUGUGUCUCACAUCUAAAGGAACUACAAGCCCUUAGCAAAAGCCAGGUUACCCUAAAGAAGCUAGUCACUGUCACAGAAAUGCUGAGUAAGCACAAACAGAAGUACCUGGAAAUGAUAAGGUAGUUGUUUCAACAGGAGGCACAUCCAGUUUCCCAUAGUGAGUCUAUGUGCCAUUCUGCUUUUGGCAUUUGAGUAGGACAUGCUGAGGAAAGACUAUGGACUGUUGAAGAUGUAAUAGUUGUGGCUGAAGAGUAAGAAACUUUUUGCAUCGCUUUUCUCAAUUGCCAGGACGAAUAUACUCAGGUUAUGUGAUCGUGUUAGAUAUUGUUAUCUAAUAUAUAUUUGAAAUGAACAAUAUAGCACAAAGAGUACUCAUCAGGAAGGCAACAGUACUAUACUGUUACUUAAUUCCUAGAUAUUUAGUUUGUAUACACACACGGAUGAAUGAAGCGAUUCGAUUGAACACCUUCGACUAAAGUAGAUAUAUGUUCGCAUAAGUAUGUGAUGAAUCUUUUUUAUUACAGUGAGAUUAAUUUUUAUAUUUAUAUGUUUCGUAGUGACUGUCUGAACCGAAUGAAAACUAUUUUGAAUGUAACAGUAAUGUAAAUAUUUUGAUGCAUUUUACCUUGUGCAUUUUGUACAGAGAAAUUAUAUAGCUUAGCUCAUUUGAAGAAAAAUAAUCUCCAGUGAACUAGUGAUUACAUCUUUGUUAACUGUCUUUUUUAUGUAUGAAAUUUUACAAUACAUCAAUGUGA